ACAGCUUGCUUUGGCCGUGGGAAUUCCCUAUGACUAACCAAUCAGAUACAUCGAUGUGUGGCUGGAUGGAAUACCGGAACCAGUAUGUCCAAAUUUUGCGGGAGUUUUUGACAGCUAUGGCAGACAAUGUGCACUGUUUUGAAGAAUAUGAUGAUGGUGUGAUUUUCAAGGGAUCCCCGUUGUAUGCAAGUCUUCUACAGAGUGGCUCAUUGGCUGAAGAGUUAGAGGUAGAACAAGCUGGAAUUGACAUCAACACAAACAGUCAGACAUCUAUACGUCAACAUGAGCAACUAAAUACUAAGAAAAAGAAAUGGGACUUAAAGUUAGCUUGCUUACAAGAAACCUGGAAGAUUGUCCUCAAAGGACUAUUGUCAUGGUUUCUACCAGAUCUCUCUCCUAUUUACUACACUCAUCAUGAUACUGUCAUUAAAUGUUUGUCCGGAAGUUCAUGUCUCGAGGAGGAUGACCAAGAUUUUCUUCAUUUCUACAUCACAUCAUCAAAAGACGGCAAAGAUAGUAUAACAACGUCCAGUAGGAUUUCAAAAUUGGCAUUUUACACCAUUCCCUGUCUCCUAUCUAUUUCUGUCUACCAGUUCAUGACCUUUGAUGUUGCUAGGCAACCAUUUCCAUGGAGAUUAGUGUUGUUAUCUACCGUCACACCAAUAUUGAUUCUUGAAAUUUUCAAAGAAGCCAGAAGAUAUAAACAUAGAAAAAUAUGCAAAGAUAAGGUUCUGUUGUAUAAUGAUUUGAUCAAAAGAAAUGAGAAACUAGCUAACAUGGUGAAGAAAUGUUUAAGGCUUAUCCAAGAAACUGAGCUGAUUUCCCGAGGUUUUACACUGGUGAGUCAAAGGAAUCCCCUGUCUAGAUUGGAGGGAGGUCAGAAAGAUACUGUUGCUAGGCAAUGCCCUGUGUUGAGGAAACUUGUGUUUACUGCUGCUAGGGAAGCUGUUCUGCUCUUCAGAAGUGAAACAAAAAAGCUGUUUGACUUUUAUCCUUUAAGUAAGGAAUUGGAUAUUCAAGGUAGCUAUUUAGCAUAUGAACCUAUACAGAGUUAUGGCCCCUGUCUACAAACAGAUAUUGAAGAUAUGGAUACACUGCAGUCAGUAACAGAUGGAUUUUCUAUAUCAGCAUUAAAGGGUAUGACUCAUUUGCUGUCCCUCCAUCAAUCAGAAUUCAUCAAAGCUCUUAUUCUUGUGAAGCAAGAAAAGUUCCAAAAAGGAAUGAGAAUCUGUAGUGUUGAAGAGGAAGAUAUCAUUAACAGCCUUGCAGCAAGUUUGGAGGAAUUGACUGUAUCACUACAAAAGUCACAUGACUACCAUAGCUGUGCUUGGAUGACUAGGGAAUCAGUCUCAAGAAUAACUAGGACACAGUCAAAUGUUGAAGAUAUCUACAUUGCUGUACACAGUCUUGAUCUACAUUUACAGGCAGCACUUACACGAGUAAAGAGUCUAAGUGAUCAUAUCCAAACCAUGCCUGAUGCUGGUCUGUCAAAUAUGAACCUGGAUGACCUUAUAGACCAGAUGCAGCCAAUCAGAGCUGAGCUUGAUUCAUGCAAAGGAUGCUGGGAAGAGGGUGUUAGCAGGAUUGAGAAAUGUGCUGGGAAAAACAGUCAGAGAGUUGGGACUCAGUCAGAAGCAACAUGUCAAGCUGAUGUUGAUAAAACACAGGACACUGAUACACCUUCUAAACCAUUCGAGGAUUAUAUAAUAGAAGAUCAGGUGUUUCAAGGUUACACUGACCCUGAUGAGAUCUUAGCUGACUAUGAAUGGGAAAAACCUUUAACAGCAGAAGAAAAGGAAAAGAAGAGGAAAGAGAAAGAAGAGGCUUUAAGAAUGUUAUCAGAGCUUAAAAAAGUUAUAUCUGUGAGAGCAGUUGACACCGAGAAACGUGAAAAAGCUGCAAUAUUAAAAAUGUAUCCAGACCUUAAGUUUUCUGAAUCAUCCAAUCCUGAAGAAUCUAACAUGUCAAAUACUCAAAUUUCCUCCAAUGAAAGAGCAUUAGAUAGGUCAUGUGAUAAAUCAAGUGAAGUUCCACCAAGUGGCCAAGAAGAUGGGUUGUACAAGGAGAAGGAUAAUGAAAACAAAACUACUGUUCACAAACAAAAUCACAAUACGGAAAAUGAAGAACUAAGUUUAGAUCAAGAGUUGAAUAAUGUAAAAAGAGUAACUGAUGAAAAUUCUUUAUUUGAUGUACCAUGUGACCAAUUGAAUGAGAGGGAUAAGCAUUCAGUAAUUUCAGCUCAAGGUGUGCGAAGAUUAAGGAGAAGUGAUAUGCUUGAAGUAAGUGACUCUGAUUCUGAAGGAUACCCAGAAGGUAAUGAAAGAGAUGAACAUUAUGGUGAUGAUGAGGAUGAUGAUGAUGAAAGAGAUUGUCUCCCAAGGUUAGGUCUUCCACUAAGAGAUUUGACAAGGAAAGAUGAAUCAGAAGGCAAAGCCCUUGGCCCUUCUUCAGAUGAAAUCCAAAGUUUUAGGUUACCCUUGCUUACUCUUGAAGAGAGACUUGAACAUUUUUCAGGGGCUAAUUUUGGUUUGACAUCAGAACUUGCUGAAAAAGCAGUUGCUAAAUCAAAGACCAUGGGUUUGAUGGAAGAGGCAACGUUUGGUGGGGAUGUUUAUGGAGAGUGCUCCAGUAGCAAUGAUGAAGAUGAUAAUGAUAAUCUAUAUCAUGAUAGUCAUUAUGCUGAUAGUGUGAAUGAUCAUGGCAGAAUAGAAGAUCUUACUGAAAGAUGAUUUAUAUGUAAUUUUA